CGCGCUCUGCGGCAGUCGGACGCUCAUCGUCAUUCCGCUCUCGCCGCCGCCGCCGCCACCCCCGCGCCCGCCCCCAAGCACACCGCCUCCGCCCCGGUCCCUGUCACCGCCGCCGCCGCCUGUCCAGCGGCCCGGGAGGCGGAGGCGCGGGGGAGGAGGCCCCGCUUGGCUCUGCAGCCCCGGAUGCUGCAUGACUUCAUCUUUCCGCCGGCUUCCCUGCUGAACUAGGGCCGGUCCGGCAGCUAGCGCGCCGCCCGAGCCCCGCCGCAGUCCCGCGCCCACCCCGCGCCCGCCAUGUCCGAGAUCCUGCCCUACAGUGAGGACAAGAUGGGCCGCUUCACCGCCGACCCCGAGGGCUCCGACCUCUCCUUCAGCUGCCGCCUGCAGGACACCAACUCCUUCUUCGCGGGCAAUCAAGCCAAGCGACCCCCCAAGCUGGGCCAGAUCGGCCGAGCCAAGAGAGUGGUGAUCGAGGAUGACCGGAUAGACGACGUGCUGAAAGGGAUGGGGGAGAAGCCACCGUCCGGAGUGUAGACGCGCCGGCUCGCGCGGCAGGCUCCGGGCCCAGCCCCGCAGCGGCCACGAGCGCGGGCCGGCGAUGCGGCUGUCGGCGUCCCCCGCCCCGGCCCAGGCGCCCGCGGGCGGGGGCUGCAGGGCCGCGCAGCCUCCGGGUGAGAGUGGCUGCCGCCGCCGCCAGGCACCCCGGAGCUGUCCGCUUCAGCACCACGGCGGCGGCGGUAGCGGCGGCGCGGACCCGCCCGGAGCCCGCCGCCGCGCUCAUGCACUUUAGAACUUCGGGCCGCAGCCCGACCCCGCACACCGGAACGGACACGGAGAUCCGCGGCCCUCAGCCCCCGGCCCGCCCCCUCCCGCACGGCUCCCUGCCCCACCCCUCUCCGGCCGUUCUGGUCUGCAGAGCCGGCAGCCUGCCGGUGUUGGACCGCGUACGCGGCCAGGGAUGUUUGGCUGCGUAUUUUGCAUGAGCUUCCCACCCACCUGAGCCCGCUCCUCAC